GGGCGCUGUCUUGGGACAAACAGAAAAAUAGGUUCGGAACCCGUUUUUUAUAGACUCAUCUAUUUCGUCACAAAGCCUGUCAAAUCUAAAUUCACAUUGAAAAAAGAACAAAAUUUUGCGGUUAGCGAAGAUUAAGUGGCCGGCCAAAUUGUGUUUUUGUUUUUGAGCUGAGUAAAAAACGAGUUUCUAUCUUUUGAUUUUUGGGUAAACAUAUGGGGGGAAUUCUGCUUAGAUUGUUCUUGAAUUUCAUUAAUAUCGAGGCGAUAAACGAUAGGAGCGAUGCCUAUAAAAGCGAAUUCUUGGCCAACAGCCGCACACAGUUCGAUUUCUCAAUUUGACAAAAACACAAGCAAAAAACAAUAAUAAAUAAGUUCAGAAUGCGUGCCGCAAUCUUAUUCGCCGUGAUUCUGGGUGUUCUGCUAUCCCUGGCUUAUGCCCAGGAGCAGGCUGAGGAGCAGGUGCGCACCAAGCGUCAGUUUGGCUUUGGUGGACCCUUUGGCGGCGGCUUUGGCGGACCCUACGGCGGCGGCUUUGGAGGACCCUAUGGCGGUUUUGGCGGCGGCUAUGGCGGCUAUGGACAUCAUCAUUACCGCGGCGGUUAUGGCGGCUAUGGCGGCUACGGCGGCGGCUUUGGACGUCCUGGCUUUGGUUUCUAUGGCUAAAAUGUGUAAUAAAUAAGACUGAAAGUA